UACGGUCAAGUUUGUCAUCUUAAAAAGGCCUAUAUUACAUUGGUUUGAAACUAUUUCGUUUGCCAGGCUCGUCAUUUGCUGGAACUGCUGGAACCAUGAAGAAACACCAGUCUCGAUCACUCCUAACAUACUUUUCAAAAGUAAACAAGAAAGAGGAAAAGGACACUACAGAGUCAACUCAAGCAAGUGGAGGUUUGCCAGAGUCCUCCACAAUCCACGAAAACCCUGCCAUAUGCCAGAAGGGACAAGAAACCGAAGUUCUUAUAAAGGAAAAACCCAAUCAGCCUACUUCAGCUAACUUCAAGAAAGACAAUCACGUCAGGCGGUUUCGCCCUGAGUGGUAUGGCUCAUACCAAUGGUUAGAGUGGGAGCAAGCAGCAAAUAACGGCGACGGAGCGGCAUUUUGCCAUGUAUGCCGACAAGCGUGCUUGCGAAAAAUUUCUAGUGGUGGAAGAGAAGAAGAGGUAUUCAGCAAGAAGAGGUUUUCAAAAUGGAAAAAGGCAACUGAGGCUUUCCAAAAGCAUGAGCGAAGUGAAAGCCAUCGCUUACUUACAUACAAAAUGAACCAGAUCUGGCAUGGGAGAAAUAUUGCUGAGAUUCUUGACCACACUGCAAAAGAAGAGAUGGAAAAGAACACGAAGUAUCUUCAUGCGAUCUUCUCGACUUUGCAGUAUCUUGCCAAACAGGGAUUGCCCAUUCGAGGACACACUGACCACAGCAGCAACUUCCACACUUUAUUGACAUUGCGAUGCAAGGACAUUGAAGGUUUCGGCCGGUGGCUCGAAAGGAAGUCGUCAUGGACCUCACACCAGAUUCAAGAGGAGAUGAUUGAUAUGAUGUCCAGAUCUUUGAUGCGUGAGUUGGCCAAUGAAAUGCAUGGGAAGGCAUACGCGAUCAUUGCUGAUGAAGCCACUGAUGUGUCCAGGUUGGAGCAACUUUGUAUUUGCAUUCGCAUUGCAACAGACGAGCUGCUGGUAGAAGAGAACGUCCUUGGCAUGUACGCGAUUGAUAAGUGUGACGCAGAGUCAGUUUACAAGACUAUCAAAGACGCAUUGAUGAGGUAUAACCUCCCCCUCUCUCUCUGUCGGGCUGCAAGCUUUGAUGGAGCAGCAACAUUCCAAGGCAAAAGAAGUGGUGUCGCGAGCCGACUGCAAGAGGAGAAUGAGAGAAUCACCACCACACACUGCCACAUGCACUGCAUUAACUUAGCUGUCCAAGAUAUGGUAAAGAAUAUUCCAAAGCUCCGUAACUUCCUGACCACCGUAACGGACCUGAUCAACUUCUUCAGAGAUUCCCCAAAGCGAUGUGCUAUCGUCAAAACACUUGCAGAAGCACUGGGCUCGCCACAGACACAUGUGAGGCCGCUUUGCCCCACCCGAUUCACAGUCAAAUUCAAGGCCCUCAGCAGUAUCAAAGAGCAACUACAGGUGGUGAAAGAGUCCCUGAUAGAAAUCGAAAAUACGUCAACAGAUCGAGACAUGCAGUCACGAGCCAAUGGAUUCCUCAACGCCAUUUCCACCUUCGACUUCACGAUUUCUCUCAUCAUCAGUCUUGCUAUCUUUGAACUGAGCGACCGACUCAGUACGGCAAUCCAAGGAUCUCGUGUGUCAGCCGGACAGGGGGUCAGGCUUACGAAGGUUGCCAUCAAUCAGCUGAAGGCAAUGAGGACGGAUACGGUGUUCGAUGAAACUUGGAGCAAAACAGUCAUCUAUGCAGAACGGGAAGAACAGGAUGACCCCGAGCUACCCCGACAGUCUAAAGCACCACGACGGUAUCAGCAGAGUGACCCGCAUAUCUUCAAAACUCCUAAAGAUCUCUACCGAAGUGUAUGGUUCGAGGCUUUAGACUUUGUGAUCAGUGGGCUGGAGGAACGCAUUUCGUCAAAGUGCAUCCCAGUCUUGUUGGCCACAGAAGACCUCUUGACGACAGCCUGGACCGAAAACAAGGUGUCAUCUGAGUCCCUAGAUUGUGUGGUGAAGCACUACAAGGAUGAUCUGGAUGGCUCUCGUCUUGGCGCGCAGUUACGAGUACUAGAGAAUCUGGCGUCGGAAACGUCCUAGCAGUCCACUCACUCCACUGUGUCAACAGCUUCCGUGGAUAAGAUCAUCGAAACUCUUGGAACAUCUUCAAUGAAGCCGAUGAUUCCAGAGGUCAUGAAGCUAGUGAAGCUGUAUCUUACACAUCCCGCCACAUCUGCUACAGCUGAACGCUCCUUCAGCAGACUCCGUCAGCUGAAAACGUAUCUCCGAUCGACAAUGAGCCAGCGAAGGUUGAACUCUCUUCUGAUCUUAUCCUUGUAUAAGGACAAGGCAGACAAAGCUGACAUGUGUGAACUAGUCAAUGAGUUCAUAAGUAGCGGAGAUAGCAAGAGAAAGAACACAUUUGCUCAUCUUAAAAAGGACUAAGUAGUUGAGCACAGUCAUGACAGUGAACGUUGAAAAUUAUCAUGACAUUCAAUUUGUCCGAUAUUUUGUAUUUUUUCUUGAAGUGGCCUUUUCGUUUUCUUUCAUUUUUGUCGUUUUAUAUAUCAUCUGGAUGGAAUCAUUUCGAUCUUGGAGGACGUUGAGGGGAAGCAAGUGGUUUGACAAACGAUUUGUGCAUUGCACAUUUUAGAAGAGUGAUUGUAUUUGAGUACAGAGUAGAGUGAGCUUACCCUUAUGUUUUGAUAAUUAUGAAAUGAAAACAAUAUAUCAGUAUGAAACAAUAAUUUUAUAGCCUUAUAUAAUCAUUUUUCUCCAUGUUGCAAGCCUGGACAAAUAAUAUUGUAGCGUAUAGUUUAAUAUUAGAAGUAGACUAAUACUGAUAUUUUCAUUAUUUUACCCUUCCUGGUAUGUAGUCGAGUACAAAUAGAUGUGUUACACUUCUACAAAUUAUUGAGAAAUACACUGGAAUAUAAUUAGAUGAUGUUUGAUGGCUUGCAUGGGGUGUGUAGCGGAUGUGGUUUACGGUAUACACCAAGUGGAGUCUAAAUAAAUAGAGGAAGAAGUAAAAUUGAUAGGCGAGAAAUAGGAAGAUUGAGAGUAGGUCCUAGAGUAAUAUUUCUUGAAAAUGUGUGUAGUUCUGAAAAUGACUGUAAACCAGAAAAGGUUAAAGGGUUAAAGAGGCCUGAGUAGUUGAAUUAUUGGAUAAAUGAGAAGAUGCUAGCUUGAGUCGGCGAAUGGAGUGCAGAGCAGGAGUACUCA